GUCCUCUUUGACAAGUCUUAACUAACGUUGCUACCGUCAACAUGUUCAAAUUGAUUGCUUUCUUCGCCAUCUUGGCCGCAGCCUUCGCAGUGCCAGCCCCCAACCCCAACCCCAAACCUGAUCCACUAACUCUGUAUUCAGCAGGUCUUCCCUUGGCAUACAGCUCGUAUCAACCAUUAUCGUACUCGAACUUGGGCUACAACUACCUCCCAUACGCCUACAACUACAACUACUACAACGGAUAUGCACCAUUGGCCUACAGGAACCUUUACUAUUAGGAAGGAGAAGUCUAGUGAACAUGGAUCGUGACUGAUAGGAAUUAAGCAAAUUAUUUGUUUUGGAAAGAUAUUGUAGAAAUUUGAUUUGGAAGUAAUAAAAUGACA